AUGGUCCCACCCCUGGACAAGAAAGUGACAGCUUCAUCUGAGAACUUCCAUGUUGGCGAAAAUGAUGAAAAUCAGGAACGUGGUAACUGGUCCAAAAAAUCAGAUUAUCUUCUUUCCAUGGUUGGCUAUGCAGUGGGAUUGGGCAAUGUGUGGAGAUUUCCAUAUCUGACCUACACCAAUGGCGGAGGUGCUUUCUUGAUACCCUAUGCAAUUAUGCUAGCAUUGGCUGGUUUGCCUUUGUUCUUCCUGGAAUGUUCACUGGGACAAUUUGCUAGCUUAGGUCCAGUUUCAGUUUGGAGGAUUCUGCCACUUUUUCAAGGUGUGGGAAUCACUAUGGUCCUGAUAUCCAUUUUUGUGACAAUCUAUUAUAAUGUCAUAAUUGCCUACAGUCUUUACUACUUGUUUGCUUCUUUUCAAAGUACACUGCCAUGGGCUAAUUGUUCUUCUUGGGCAGACGAAAACUGUAGCAGAUCACCCAUAGUAACUGGCUGUAAUGUGAGCACAGGAGCAGGAGAGAUGUUUAUGAAUAUAAGCUGGGUAAAUAUCAACAACCUCACCUGCUUGAAUGGUAGUCAAGUUUUACGGCCAGGACAACUUCCCAGUGAACAGUAUUGGGAUAAAGUAACACUUCAGAGGUCAAGUGGAAUGGAUGAAACUGGAGUAAUUGUGUGGUAUUUAGCACUUUGCCUUCUUCUAGCUUGGCUCAUAGUUGGAGCAGCACUGUUUAAAGGAAUCAAAUCCUCUGGCAAGGUGGUAUAUUUUACAGCUCUUUUUCCAUAUGUGGUCCUUCUCAUUCUGUUAAUACGAGGUGCAACUUUGGAGGGUGCAUCAAAAGGCAUUUCAUAUUACAUUGGAGCACAGUCAAAUUUUACGAAACUCAGAGAAGCUGAGGUCUGGAAGGAUGCUGCCACUCAGAUAUUUUAUUCCCUUUCUGUGGCUUGGGGUGGCCUAGUGGCUCUGUCAUCUUACAACAAGUUCAACAACAACUGUUACUCUGAUGCCAUCAUAGUUUGCUUGACAAACUGCCUCACUAGUGUGUUUGCUGGAUUUGCUAUAUUUUCUAUUCUGGGACACAUGGCUCAUAUAUCUGGAAAGGAAGUCUCUCAAGUUGUAAAAUCAGGAUUUGACUUGGCAUUCAUUGCCUAUCCUGAAGCUCUAGCUCAACUCCCAGGUGGUCCAUUCUGGUCCAUAUUAUUUUUCUUCAUGCUGUUAACAUUGGGUCUGGAUUCUCAGUUUGCUUCUAUUGAAACAAUUACAACAACAAUUCAAGAUUUGUUUCCCAAAGCAAUGAAACGCAUGAGGGUUCCUAUAACUUUGGGAUGCUGCUUGAUUUUGUUUCUCCUUGGUCUUGUCUGUGUGACUCAGGCUGGAAUUUACUGGGUUCAUUUGAUUGAUCACUUCUGUGCUGGAUGGGGGAUUUUAAUUGCUGCUAUCUUGGAAAUUGCAGGAAUCAUCUGGAUUUAUGGAGGAAAUAGAUUCAUUGAAGAUAUAGAAAUGAUGAUUGGAGCAAAAAGAUGGAUAUUCUGGCUUUGGUGGAGAGCUUGCUGGUUUGUCAUCACUCCUGUUUUGUUGUCUGCAAUUCUUGUCUGGUCACUGGUGAAAUUUCACAGACCUGAUUAUGCUGAUAUUCCAUAUCCUGACUGGGGAGUUGCUCUUGGCUGGUGUAUGAUUAUUUUCUGCAUUAUUUGGAUACCAAUUAUGGCUAUCAUAAAAAUAAUUCAGGCAGAAGGAAACAUCCUUCAGCGUAUCAUAAGCUGUUGUAGACCAGCUUCGAACUGGGGUCCAUACCUGCAAAAACAUCGUGGGGAGAGAUAUAGAGACAUGGUUGAACCUGCAAAGGAGAUGGACCACGAAAUACCUACUAUUAGUGGCAGUAGAAAACCAGAAUGAGGUGUCACUUUUGAAAAUGUCUAAUUGUUAUAUAAUGUGAUUUUGUAGAGUAGGGGAAAUGUUUAAUUUAUUUGUAUGUUAAUCAGGGAAAUGUACAUGCCAUGCUCAGUACAAGAUUAUAAGUACUUUUUUCACUUAAUCAAGAAUGAGAUAUUAAAAUGUGAAUCUAUCAGUGUUUAAUAAUGUGUUUGUUUCCCUUUAGGAUUAGCUAUUUGUUAGUACAUAUGCCCAGUUCUAUUUCGCAUGAUAUUUUGUAAAUAUUACUGUUUUAUUUUGUUUUUGGUUUGUUUUAUUUUGUUUUGUUUUUAAUGUACUGAUGGUCUCCUGUGAAAUGAUUACUUAGGAAGUAGUCAUUCUUUGUACUUUGUGAUUUUAAACACACUGUUUCUGUAGUCUAAAUAUGUACUUUUCUCUUUCAUAGAAUAGGGAAAUAAGUCAGCGAAGUUAAAAGUAUUACACAGUUAAAGUCCUCACUUACCUUACAAAUGUCAGAAAUGGGCCUGGGGAGAUCACUCAGUGACAAGAGUAAUUGCUCUUGCAGAGGGUGUAGGUUCAAUUCUCAGCAUCAAGGUGACUAAUACCAUCUGUAACUCUAGUUCCAGGAGACCCAAUAUCUUCUUCUGACCUCUAUGACAUUACAUGCACAUGGUGUACAUACACCCAGGCAAAAAACACCAAUACCCAUAAAAUAAAAAUGAAUAAAUUUCUUUAUCCAAAGAAGUGUCAUGAAUAUGCAGGAAAUGGGCUGUAUGUUUUAUGAGGAUUGUUGCUUAAUACCUGUGAUCCAAAUAUGUCUAAACAUAUUAUCAAUUUAUUAUGUAUCAUGUUUUCUAUGUAAACUUUGCAGUUGUACUCUUUAGUUAGAGUGAAAUGAUACAAAAAUGAGGAACAGGUAGUCAGAAAGUGAUAAGCCUAGGAAAUGAAAUAUUGAAAUUCUGAAUACUUCUUACCCUUUAGAAUAUCUUUAUUCAUUGAGUUGUAUUUAGAAUAAAACCAUGACAUGUUUAAUUUUUAUUGUAUUUCAGAAAAACAAGUAUUCAUUACAUUCUCUGAAUUCUAAAUUCAGCUGCAAAUAGAAUUUGUACAAAAUUGUUACUGAUAACAUAACUUUAAAUCCAGCAUUUUUUCUUUUUUUCUGAGCCAGGGUUUCUCUGUACAGCCCUGGCUGUCCUGAAACUCUCUGUAGACCAGACUGGCCUCGAACUCAGAAAUCUGCCUGCCUCUGCCUCCCAAGUGCUGGGAUUAAAGGCAUGCGCCACCACUGCUCGGCCUAAUCUGGCAGUUUUUGAUAAUGAUAACUAAUGGAUAAAUGACAAUAAACUUGUCUUUUAUAGAUUUGUUUUUACCAAAGAGUUAUAAAGUAUUCACAUGUGAAUUGAUGCUAAUUGUUAAUUAAUUGUCACCAAUAAAUUUUUUAUAUCCUGUUUUCCUCACAAAUGCUGAUACCUUGUGCUUUAUUAUAUAUUUUUGAUCUAUGGUUUAAAUAUCACAGUUUAGGAUCUUAAAUGCUACCCUAAAUAUAUAGGGAACAUUUCAAGAGUUAUGCCAAGCUUUAGAAGAUUAAAAUACUGAAAUUUUAGGUAUCAUUUUCUGUGGAUGUGGAUUUGUAUUCUAGGGGAGAUUGAGUCCAUUAUUUUCAUAAAAUUGUCAAAGGGACCUAUGACUCAACAACAAGAACAAAAAAGAACUUUUAAGAAUCAUAUCCUGCUAGCUAUUUUAUACUUGGCAAGUGAGUAUCAAGGGGGAAUAAAUUCUCAUAAUCAUAUUUCCUCCCUCCUUUUUUAAUUAAAGAUCAAAGGAGCAAAGAGAUUAAGGUGUCUCUUUAAUUGGUACAAGUAAGUGAUCCUGAUAGGAGGUGGUAUGAAGGUAUAACAAUAGACCUAUAAGUAAUUCAUCUCAAUGGUUCACAUAUAAUAUGAACUUCUGGUAAUACAUUGAAGGCUUUCCUUGUGGAUAGAUCCAAUGAUGUGAGCAAAAAUAGGGAGAAUAAGUCCUAGUUACAUAUUAUUUUAUAGAAUAUUAUGUGAGAUAGAUGGCAAAUUAAAGCUUAGAUAACUUACUUUUCAUUGCAAUUCAAAUCAUAUUGAAAGUUGCUCCCAUUAUAUCUUUAGUGCUAUUUCAGGGUUGGAAUUUUUACCAAUUAAAUAUAUUUAUGCAAUUUGUAGAGGUAAAUCUGUGGAGAAAAUUUGGGCAGGGAGAGGAUAAAAUGGAAAUAAUUGUAUUUUAGAAGCUGGCCAGAAGGAAUAGUUAGACUUGUAUCAUAACCUUCAAGUGUGAAAAAAUAGAUCUUAAUCACCAUUUUAAUUUAUGACAAAUUAUAUAUAUAUAUAUAUAUAUAUAUAUAUAAUUGCAGGCUGGCAAAUAACAACUCUUCUUUUUACUGUAAAGAUUUUAUAAUAAUAGUAAGCAGUCACUGGCAUAAUAGACAACAACUCCAUGUAAUUCCUCUCCCUUUGAUGAUACUUGUAAGGCAAAUGCAGUAUUAGGUUGUAAUCCUUUAGAUGAAAAUUUCAAACUUAAAUGAAGUUAUUCUUUUUAUUUUGUAAGCUAUACAUUUUUGAACUGCCUUCCCUUUUUGUACUAUAUGCUUAAACAUCCUUUCCCUAUAAUAUAUAAUUAAGUGUAUACAAAUUCUUAUUAAUUGUAUAUCAUAUAAUUAAUUAUAAUAUUUUAUAUAUAAUUAGUAAUAUAUUAACCAAUGCCUGUAAUUGAUUCUUAAAACAAAAUCCCAGCGAAACAAUAAAUGUCUGUAAUCUGGAUCUGACAC